AUGGGUAAAAAAUUUAAAUUAAACAUCUUCAAACCAUUUCAGAUAAAAGAAGCACUGGUAGAACAAGAAACGAAGAACCUUAAGUUGAAACUGAAGCUUGAACCUUAUCAACCUGCUGUGGAUGUAUUGUACCAAAAGGUCCCGAAACGACAACGUCUGUCUUCAAACUCUUCGGAUAUGACUCGGUUAUCCUCUAAAAAUACUGGGAAUAACAAGGAAAAAGUGCUUUGCCUGUUUACACCUGAGAAGCAGUAUUGCGUGAAACAGAUAAAGGAGUUUUACGAUUCAGCCCUCGGCAGUGGAGACAAUAUGGACUAA